AUGUCUUCAGAAGACUCAUUGGACGAGCGAGAACGCCCAGGGUUUCUGCGAAGGGCAGUGGGAGGAUGCGUCCGCGCCGCAUGUUCUCAGCUCGGACUGGUGGUGCUUGUGGUGAUCUAUGUUUUGCUUGGUGCACUUCUGUUCGAGUAUUUGGAAUCAGGGGCUGAGGUGCAGAAAAAAUCAGCGAUACAACGUUCGAGGGAGGAGUGCUUGAAGGAACUUUGGGCCAUUACAGAGCGCCUAAAUGUUCUUUAUGAACGUAAUUGGACGCGUUUGGUGCACGAGCAGCUGCGGAAGUUCGAGUCUUCAAUCGUGGCUGCAGCCAGACAAUCACCGGAUGCUCAACCCCCGGAACUGACACUUGAUUCGAAAUGGACCUUCUCCGGAGCCAUUAUAUAUUGCAUCACUCUCAUCACUACUAUAGGGUACGGCAAUGUAUCACCACGAACAGCGGUAGGUCGGGUAGCUACGGUGGCGUAUGCGGCCGCCGGUGUGCCUCUCACUUUAGCCUGUCUCGCUGGGCUUGGAGCGUCCCUAGCAAAGCUCGCUAGGUUAGGAUGGCUAAGAGCUACGAAGAGAAAAGUGCCGAACACUUGGAGAAAAGAUGGCGAGCUGGAAAACCAUUUUCAACUCCACGAACAACAACGACUCCUACCUCAAACUGCGGAGCAUAAUCAGUACACGUCGUUCCCACCAAGGACUCAUAGAUCCCCAGGCACGGUGAGGGCCAGAGCCGGCGACAGAGGUCAAUAUUCGCAAGUAUUUGAACGGGCGCCUGCGAGCCCUAGAGCAGCGACGCUUGGUCGUGUGAAGCGCAGUGCAUUGGCUGAUGAGCCUAAUACGUCAUCAGCGCUCCAAACGCAGACAUUAGAUCGCAAGAAGACAGCUGCUACCAAAUGCCUGGCUACUGUUCACGGACCUGGGCCGGACAGGGGGAGAGGGACGAUACAAAGGCCAAGAGGGCCUGUCAUUGACCAGUUGAUUGCUGAAGAGUGUGGGGAAGUACCGUUCAACAGGAGUCUGAAUGACCUUGACGACUCUGAGGACACUGACGAAACUAUAUGUCCCCACGACACACCGUCACGAGUGCCUUUGAUAUGGAAGGAAGAGAAUUCUAAAGUGAAAAAUUGCGCAGGAUCGAGCAACAGAGCUUCCACUAGCGUUCAGCAUCAUAUCAACGGUGGCAUCGAACACUGCCACGUCCCGGUUGGAAUAGUACUAUUUCUACUGUUAGCAUACAUUUGUAUCGGUGCCGCAAUCUUUUCCGCUUGGGAAAACUGGAGCUUUCUCGACGCAGCCUACUUUUGUUUCAUAGCUCUAGCGACUAUAGGCUUCGGUGAUCUUGUACCAACUAGUUUUCUAACCUCAAAGUCAACUGCAGAAAGUUCUAGAAGCGAAUACAUUCAAAUGAUUGCGUGUUGUGCGUAUUUAGUUUUUGGGUUAAUACUUAUAGCAAUGUCUUUUAGUCUCCUUCAGGAUGAAGUGGUAUCUCGAUGUGCGCAGUUGGCUAAUAGUUUAGGUUUGUCUCGUCAAUGA